AUGCUUUCGAGAGCUACCCUCAUCUUUCCAAUAUUAUUGUUCCUUGGGCUCGGCCGCAGAGUGCUGGCAAACUAUGAGAGUGAAGAGUGCUUGUCCGGAUGCUCUGAUUGGAGUGUGGCUCUGGGUUACUGCAGAGGACAGUACGGAAACUUCAGCCAGCAAAUGAACUUGACCUAUAUGAACGACUUUGUCGGCUGCCUUUGUGUAGGCGAUAAUGCCGAUGGUGGAUUCGGGAACGACACAAUGACCCAGUCAGCUGGUAUAUGCCAAAGCUGCGCCACAACCCCCAAGCUCAUUGCUACGAACCUUGAGGAUUUUCUCGAGCUUUGUGUUGUACAGUCUCAAAAUGGUACCGCAAGUGAAGCCAUCAACUUUCGGCCACAGGGAUAUGAGACAUCAGAAGAUACAUCCAACAGCGCUGUGGAAGGGGGCGAGUGUGUGAGAGCGGGAGUCAGUAUGAAAACGCUCGGGUUAGCUGCUGGGCUAUCCGUUAUGGUACUUGGAGGACUGGCAGUCUAAGGGGGGGUCUAAAAGACUUGAUACGCC